AUGAAUUACAAAAAUACAAUGGUUAAAGGGCACCAGCACCCAUUAAUCCAAAUUACUAUUGAUUUAGGAUAUAAUAGAUCAGACUAAUUGAUUAUAUAUAGACACACAGAUCCCCAAUAAGAGGCAUCUGCCUUUGUUACUAGAAAUAAUCUCUAGCCAAAAAUGAUACAAAUAAUCUCAAAUAGCAUCUUAAAAUAAAUGAAGGCAUAUGACGAAAUGAAGAUAAUCACGUAAGUAACCUAUUCAAUUAUUUAAGGACACACAAUAACAACCCAAUUAUUUGCGGAAUUUAAAGUAAAAUCAUCUAGAAUUAUAAUAAAAAUUAACAACUCCAAGUCCUAAUAGAUCGAAAACAAGUUAACAAAACUUAAAGAUCUCAAAAUCACCCUCAAAUGCUUAAGUUCAUGAUGACCUACCAACAGACAAAGUUGUAAUAAAAAAACUUUUUAAACUCCUAGAUGGAGAUUAUGAUGGAUUGAUAUCUGCCCAAAGAAUCAAUUUCUACAAUAUUCCUGUCCAACUACAAAACAAGGUAAUUGUUUACAUUGAUAAUUAUAAGGUGUUGAAUAAAAUCGAGAAUUCAUCAAUACCAUUAGAGUUUGAAGAUUUCUACCUAAAAUUGAAACAAGAUCCUUAAGAUGAAUAUUUCUAAACCUUGAAACUAAUUAGUUCGAUAUUUAAUAUACCUAGAAUCAAAGUGUUAAUAUGA